AUGGUUGCUCCUACCUUUACCGCUCUUGUUGCCGCGCUUGCAGUCGCAUCGUCGGCGGUUGCCUCGCCGCUCCCCACCAAGCGUGCUCCCACCUGGGCCGAUCGACAGAGUGCCACGAUUCACCCUGGUGUUAACACCAACACAGCCGGCAGUUGCACAUCCAACUUUAUCUUCUACAACGGCGACAACAUUUAUAUUGGACAGGCCGCCCACUGCGCCGGCACUGGCGAGUCGACGAGCACCAACGGAUGCACCUCUGGAUCGCUUCCUGAAGGCACCAAGGUGACCAUCACAGGUGCCUCAAAGCAAGGAACGCUUGCCUAUUCUUCUUGGAUUCGAAUGCAGCAGCGAGGCGAGACUGACGCCAACGCGUGUGACUACAAUGAUUUCGCUCUGGUGCUCAUUGACCCUGCGGAUCACGACAAGGUGAAUCCCACCGUCCCCACCUUCGGCGGUCCAGCUGGUCUUCGCUCCAGCGGGCUGUCGAGCCUCGAGAAAGUCUACAGCUACGGCAACUCGAUCCUUCGUCAAGGCAUCACCCUCUUGAGCCCCAAGUACGGCGUCAACAUCCAGGAUCAAGGUGAAGGAUGGUCGCACAACGUCGCUACCGUCACGCCGGGUGUACCAGGUGACAGUGGCAGUGGUUUCUUUGACGGAAAAGGACUCGCCUUUGGCACCUUGAGCACGCUUCAGUUUGCUCCGCUCCCCGCUUCGAACGGUGUUGGUGACCUAGCAAAGGAGCUCGCUUAUGCCAGGACCUUCAGCGACUUUGCUGACAUACAGCUUGCUACUGGUACAGCUCCCUUCGCUGUUGCACUUCCCGACCUCGCCUCGGGUCUUCAGUCCAGCCUGCAAAAUGCUGCGGGAGCACUCAGAAACGACGGCGGUCUCCUCUAA